GAGACAUAAACCAGAGAGAGAUGGAGAAAGGAGAGGGAAUGGAUAGCAAGGGGGUGGAAAGAGGGAGAAAGAGAGAAAGCGUGCCUGUUCAAGACACACAGCUGAUUUAUAAUUUGUGAUUCAUGUGUCACUCAGUUUUUCUUCGAUUUUCAGGGCUUUUGCCUGCAAGUAACACGUUUUGAAACUGAUAUUUUUUUCGUUUUGCUCCCACGUUUAAUCAGAACCAAGGACAGCGCCGGUUUGCGCACCGCUGGCGCUGCGUCAGGACGCCUUUUCCACACUUUGAGACAUGACACGCACGGAGACUCACAGAGUAACGUGACAACCCGAUGAUCCAAACUGUCUCAAACAACAUCUGCUCUAUCCAAUUUCGACGUUUUGAUCCCCACGCUGGUGCCAUGUCUGAAUGUUUGUAAAUGAUCGCCUGAGCGCCGUUGGAGAUUUUUACGCAUGGAGCGUAAUCAAGGAUUGUUUUGUUUUAGGGCAUGACUCUGCUGGACACUCUCCGAAGGAAGAGAUAAUAUGUCGGGGGAAUUUACCGACCCUAACGAGGAAGGUUCGGGCGGGACAGUCCGUUCUGCCGCCUCCAACUUGAGCGGUUUCAACAGCUCCAACAGCUCUCAGAGUGACUUUGGCAGAUCGGAUUUUGUAGGAGACGGAGCGGCUGUUGUGAGGAUUACAAUUUCUGCCAUUUACUCUCUGGUUUGCGCACUGGGUCUGGUUGGGAACUUACUAGUUUUGUACUUAAUGAAGACGAAGCACGUGUGGAGAAAAUCCUCCAUCAACCUUUUCGUAACUUGUUUGGCGCUGACUGACUUUCAGUUCGUCCUGACGCUGCCGUUUUGGGCUGUGGAGAACGCUCUGGACUUCACCUGGCCUUUCGGCAAAGCCAUGUGUAAGAUCGUCUCUUAUGUGACAGCCAUGAACAUGUACGCCAGCGUUUUCUUCCUGACGGCCAUGAGCGUGGCGCGAUACUGGUCCCUAGCCUCUGCGCUGAAGGGCAGGCGGCGGCGGACGCACUGCUGCUCCGCGCGCUGCAUCAGCCUCAUCAUCUGGUUCGCCGCUGUCUCCGCCGCGCUGCCGCAUGCCGUUUUCUCCACCACCGCCACGGUUUCCGGGGAGGACCUGUGCCUCGUUAAAUUCCCCGAAGCCAAUGGAACCGCGCAGUUCUGGCUGGGACUCUACCACUCCCAAAAAGUGCUGCUGGGUUUCGUGGUGCCCCUGGCAAUCAUCUCAGCCUGUUACCUGCUGCUUUUACGCUUCAUUACUUCCAAAAACAUAAACACUUCCAGCGCCAAACGGCGCGCCAAAGUCACCAGGUCUGUCACCAUCGUAGUUCUGUCGUUUUUCCUCUGCUGGCUGCCCAAUCAAGCGCUGACUGCCUGGGGUAUCCUCAUCAAACUCAACGUGGUUCCCUUCACGUAUGACUACUACACCAUGCAGGUGUAUGUGUUCCCCGUGUCCGUGUGUUUGGCCCACUCCAACAGCUGUCUGAACCCCAUCCUGUACUGCCUGAUGCGGCGUGAGUUCCGGAAAGCGUUGAAAAUUUUGUUCUGGCGCAUGGCGUCUCCAACCCUGACCACCAUCAGACCCAUUACAGCCACUACAAAGCCAGAGAUGGACGAUCAAGGGCAGGUGCUGGUCCCAAUAAACGCGCCAGCCACGCCGCCUGGUUUUUUCCCCCCUGGGGCCGUCAUUUACAAUGACAGACGAGACCCGCCGCAUAGCGCAACGUAAUCAUGGGAGAUUUCUGUAUCCAUGCGCAUAAACCAUCGCAGCUUGAAAAGUUUUGCCAAACAGUUUAUUCCUCCUGAAUCAUGUUUGCUCUCCAGGAGCAGCAGCAUUUCACUGGAAAGAUUGUUUUUAAUGUUCAUUCAACCGUGUCAAAAAUGUCUUAUGUGGCAGUAAAAUGUGUCUGUGAACAUUCUGAGUGAUCCAGGUCAGCCUGAAGAACAGACUCCAAGUGCGUUCAGCAAACUGUGAGGUUUUGAAUGACAUCCAUCACUGAAGUGCCGCAGUUUCCCCAUGCUCCACUGAAUCAAAAUGGAUCAAAAGAACCUCCCUGCAUGGUACUGAGUAUCAGGGAUCUCUGAUGAAGAACGUUUAGUUCAAAACUGAGGUGUUAGUCCAGAAAAAUGUAAUGACCUGUAAAGAAAAAUACUUCAUGAUGAAUGAUAGCAUCAUAUGUUGCAUCUUCUGACUAUAACCUACAAUAAAAGCUAACUCAAAACACAUAAAUUGAAGGUGGAUACUCCACAUAAAGAGAAAUUUAACAAUUUCUACCUACUACUAGUAUUAGAGCAAAAAUAACCUCACUUCAAUUAAAACCCUGAAUGAAAAAUGUAAGAAAUAAAAAGAAAACUUGCAUAAACAACAAUACAUUUAAUCAAAAUCUGAACGAAUCAAAUGCUUUCAGGUAUUUUAUUUCAUCUUCACAAAACCCAUUAGAGAGAACAAAUCUGCAAUGAAUAUUUUAGCUUUUGCUUGAAUUCUUUACAUUUAAAGCAAAACAGAAGUGCAUGAAUAAUAUAAGGCAUGCAGUGGAGUAAAAAUCUGAAUGAUUUGGUUAUAUCACAAGAAAUACGGUUUUUUUCUUUCUCAUAAAUAUAUAUAUAUAUAUAUAUAUAUAUAUACAUAUAUUCAUGUAAGAAAAAAAAGAUAAUAAACACCAGAGAUGGAGCUGCAAGUGUUCAGAUUCAGAUGAUAUGCUUUCUUUUAUGUAUAAGUCAUCUAUUCGUCAAAAAUACUUCAAUUACUUCUAAUGGACCAGUAAUCACCACAUCCAAGCAAACUGUCAAAUGAGAACAAUCAGCUGCAUUAACACUAUGGAUCUUUUAUUUUAAAUGAUACUAAUAGUCUAUUUAACUGUUCAGAUUUCCUUAAGAUGCCUAAGAGAUUUAAUGCAUCUUGUCAAAAAGAAAAAAAACUAUUUGGAGUCCUGCAGCGCAUCCUUCUGUCAUCAUUUGAGGUCCUGCUGAGAUGAAACAAAGGGGAAGUCAUGCAAAAAUUCUCAUGAUUGUGAAUUGAGACAAUAAAACUACAAAAAUAUUUAACUUCCUGAAUUAUUUAAUUAUUAUGUUCAAAGCAAAAUGACUAUUUCUGCAGAUGCAAACAGAGUAAUCCUAUCAGAAAUUAUCAGCUAAUGGCCACAGGACCUGGCUAUUAACCGAGUAAAGCUGAGCGACCUGUUAUGUUGUUCUCGACUGAGGCACGGUCUAACACACCCCACUCUAGCACACGGGGUGAGUGUUUCAUCUGCCGGUAAAUUCCCAUCUGAGGGCAAAAAAAAAAAAACGGAAUAAAAAUCAGGAUUAGAAAUUCAGAUGCAAGUGUUCCCCAAGAGAGAUAUGCAAAAAUCCUAAUAUUUCUCCCACACUGCUGAAGAAGAUCCUUUGAUUUGGUGGAAAUUGAAUAGAAAGGGAUUUGAGAUAAUGUUUGUUUUUGCUUUCAAAUCUUUUAGGUUGCACGUUCUGGGGGAACUUUGAAAGUUACUGUGGCUGUCGUCGUCAACAUGGAAGUGAUACAAGUCGACAAAAGGGACAGCUUUGAAAUGUCAGUGUGGCGCUGAUCUUUUUGAGUACAAAGCCCAAAAGCAGACACAGAGAGAUGCUCUGUCAUGAGGAGCAAAGAAGGAUAACCAUGCUGCUAUCCCUAAGAAACAUAGGGUGGUGUUCAAUCACAAAGAUUACACCAACCUUUUUUUUUUUUUAGGAAAACAUGAUUUCUAUUGUACACUAAAGUUUAUGACUGAACCUUACCACUAUUACCACUAUGUGAACAAGAAACAUUUUAGACCAAAAUCAAAAAAAAUGUAUUUACAAAAAAGUGAUCUUUAUAAUUUUAUGUAUUUCCUAAAUUUUCUUCUGCAUUCUGUUCAUCUUAGCUUAAAGGAAUAUCAGAUGUAAAAAUCCUUUCUUUUUUUUUUUGGUCAACACAAUAUAACAAUCAAGACUAAGCUGCAAAUCAAUGUUAUGAAAUUAAACAUUUUUGAAGCUGUUUGCAAAA